UCGUUUGCCGCGACGAGUUCUAAGAAAGAAGAUUUUCCGAUCUAUAGGUGGAGCAUGUGUCUCCCCUUUUAGUUGCUUUGCCUAAUAUUGCAUGCGAACAUGUAUCGAGCCAUUAUCUUGGUCUUCCUGCUAUCGCUGACCCAGGGCGGCAUUCUGGCCAAGCGCUACUUUGGCGUGGGUCGCCGCAUUGCCAACGAUCAGCUGUUGCUCAAGGAUCUGCAGCAUUCGCGUCCUGCGGGCGCUGGACAAGCGGCUAGCGUCGCCUUCAACUACAACAUUGCGGAGCCCAUCACCUACAUUGAGAUCGUGUCGGAGGAAAACAUUUCGGCCGAGGUGAAAGUGAGCUAUGUGGAUACAUUGAUCGUGGGCCUCGUUAGCCUUGUGGCCCCCGGCAAUCAGAGCGAAUUCGAUGAGGAGUUCGAACAGAGCCAAAAUCUGUCGGCCUCUUUUGACGUGGUCAUCACGAUCUUUGGCUUUAACCAGACCAUUUUGAAUUUGAAUCCCGCAUUGCUGCUCAAUCGCGAUUCACACUUUGAGGGCGAAGUGAAGCCCUACGACGACUACGAGGAGGUCGAAGAAAUAAGCCAGUCAUUCGAGAGCCUCAACCAUGAGGAUUCAGUGACCAAACAUUUUGAAGACGACAGCACCGAUGCGCCCGUUUUUAUCGAGGACUUUGAGCACAAGGACAAGAUCAUUGAGAUUGGAGAACGGCAAGCAGGCGACGACUUGAUCUUUGAGACAUAUCAAACAUCAUCGGGCGAUGACAAAACGCAGUCGAAUCAAACAGUCACCUUCUACUACAUCGACAGCGAUUACAUCACCUACAUCAAGUUUGUUAUCUUCGAUCACUACUUGGAUAAGGUACCCACUGCUGAGAAUUACAUGCCGCCCGUGGCCGAGUACAGUCAUUAUUCGGCGAGCACGAUCAAGGCAACGAUAACGGAUUUCAACGUCAGUUCGCUGUUCGUGCAAAUGUUUGUCUACGGCUAUCGAGGCGUGGACAGUCCGCCGCCAAACUACAAGCCCUUCCUGGAGCCCCAAAGCCAGCAGAGCGAUCGCACGGUGCAUCUGACGCCGCUGCAGCGCAUGCAGCUGCUGUUGAUGACGGGUGGCCAAACGACCCCAUCGCCGCUGGACUCUGAUGUGGAUGAUGAUUCCGAGGAGUAUGCCACUGUGGCGCCCAUUCGUCCCGAGGAUAUGCUGCCCGACCAUGUGCCCGAGGCGAGCAUGGCGAGCGCUGUGCUCGAACAGCAGCGGGCAAUGCCACAGCGGCUCUAUGCGAUGUUGGGCCUGAUGCUCUUUGCUGUCGCAUAGUCAGCCUAGCGGCUGGAGGGAGACAUGUUAGUUAAUUAAAAGGACCGUAAAAGCUUUAAGUUAGUUGCGAUUAGGUGCACACACUUGCAAAUAUUGUAAUAUUUUAUCAAAUAAAGGCAAUUUGGCUUAA